AUGAGACUGCCUGAUCUCUCUAGAUUCAGAGAAAAAUGUUGUUACUGCUAUAGUGAUGUGGAGGAGGGGAUAUCUGUAUGUGGAUGUGGACUUUCAUUUUGCAAAGGGCACGUGGACAUCCACCUUGGAAAGGCCGAGUGUCAUGUUGUAUUUGAGAUUAAAGAGGUCGGAGAUGACCUUGGAAUUGAAAUCAAAAACACAAUGCUCAAGCAGGAAGAGAUUGAAGAGCUAAGGAUAAGAAUGGAAGCGCUUGUUAAGCCCGGAAAUGAAGAUGAGAGGAUCAUCUCAAAGGAUGAGGAGGUGGGCUGUGCGCAUGGAUGUCCUGAAGGCCCAUGCUCCAUAGAGCUGGGGGAUCUUGAAAGACUAAGCUGCAAGCUGUGUGAUGUUCGAGCAAGGCUAUGGGCUUGCUUCAGCUGUGGGUAUGUAGGAUGUGGAAGAGUGCAGUAUGGAGUGGAGGGGAACGGGCAUGCAAGGGCGCAUUAUGAACAGACGCAGCACAAUGUCUUUGUCCUGGUUCCAAGCCUUCUCAAGGAGAGCUGCGAGGUGUUUUGCUAUCUCUGUGACUCAAGCAUAAGGUCUUACUACGAUUUUCCUGAAGGUAGCAUUACGAUUAGGUUUGAAGCAAACGAAAAGGAAGGAGAAAGAAGUGUGAAGAAAGCACUAAGGUACAUUGGAGCGGCCCAAUCGGCUAGCAAGAGGGAGGCAGCCGGCAGCAAGGAAAGGGAGUCUGUUCCUAGCCCAUAUGUGGGGAUUAUCAAUUCUGGAAACACCUGCUAUAUUUCGUCUGUUCUCCAGAUGAUGGGAUACGUUGUUUCGAAGGAAGAUAUUGACAUGGACCAGCACUUCGAGAUCUGCUGUGUGAACAAUCCUCUGGAAUGUUUUUUCUGCCAGUUGAUGAGAGUGUUUAACAAGAUGAAGGAGUCCAGGAGUAAGAUGGAGAUUAAUAAGAUAUCGAUCUUAGAUCUCAUCAUGCUUAUAUGGAGAGACAUGCCUAUGUUUUCCAAGUUCAUGCAGCAGGAUGCCCACGAGUUCUUAUUAUUCUUGCUUGAGAAGAUCAAGGAGGGGGAAAGCUCUUACCUAAUUCCCCAUAUAACGUCCUAUUUUGAGUUUGAAGUUGCAAGGGAGAUUUCCUGCUCUGAGUGCACGGAGAAGUCCACCAGCUACGAAUCUAUGAUGAUGAUGUGCACAUGUCUGAAGGGCAAUAUAAGGAAGUCUGUGGACAUGUUCUUUUCUCCGGACGAGUGGGAUUGUGAAUGUGGGGGAAAGAAGAGCGCGAGACGAUUUGUCACUGUUCCACCGAAAUAUCUGAUAAUCCAGGUUGGGAGAUAUUCCUACAAUAACUGCAAGGUGGAGAAGAUUAAAGACAAGAUUGGAAUGAAAAGUGUUAAGCUAGAAGGUUUUAUGAGAAAGGGCGAUGUGGAUAAGCCCCUCUUAAAAAAACUAGUCGACGACGGGUAUCAAGAGGAGCAUGCAGAAAGGGCUCUAGGCAUCUUUUCCAACGACGAAGACAAGGCUCGCAGCCUCCUGGAGAACAGCUUGACAGACCUUAGACCAGACAUGAAGUAUAGGGUUGUAGGGUGUAUCAAUCAUUCAGGGGACAACAUCAAAGCAGGGCAUUACACAUGGUGGGUAUACGACGAUGAAAAGUGCUAUAAGAUAGAUGAUACAAAUGUUCUUAACAGCAAUGUCGAGGUAUUAGAAGAUGGAUAUAUAUUCUUGUUUAGAUGA